GGGAAGAAAACAAGAGCAGGAGAGCUGGAAUCAGUCAGGCAGCUGUAAAGAAGAAAAUAAGCCACAGUUUCAAUGAGUGGACUGCUUUCCUCGUGAGGAGCAGCAGGAGCUCCGAGUGCUACUUCACUCCCUGCAUCCCUCUCUACGAAGCCCAGCUGGAGAAGCAGCAGAGCACUCUGUAAGUGACACCAAUCUAAUUAAUUAAUGACUCUCAGCGUCAGCACUGUGGCUGCUGGGCUAGCAGGAAGGCAGCAACGAAGGGCCGGGACAGCAUGAAACGUCUUCUGGUAAAUGCUGUAUGCUGCUGACAGCCAGCUCGGUUAUUCAUCACCUCUCCUGCUUUGGGCUACAGCACAGAACAAGUCAGAGAUUAUUCCGGGCAGAGAAGAUGGCGUGGGAUCCACCCUUGCAACAUCCUCUCUACUGGAUGAGGUCUUCCUCCCUCUUCUUAUCUUGCUCCAGAGCUGCUGUGGCACAGUUAAUUGAGGCCACCACAGAACCCCCCAAAAAGAAACCGGAUCCUGUCACUUCAGAGACGGUGGUGAUCUGGGGGCUGCGCCUCUGGCAGGUGAUUGGUAUCUUUGCCAUCUUUGUCCUGGCAGUCAUUAUUACCCUGUGCUGUAUCUUCAAGUGCCGUAUUCCCCGGACAAAGAAAGAGAUUGAGGCACGAUAUGCUCAACGGCAAGCAGCCAAGACAUAUGCAGACAAACUGGAGACUGUGCCACCACUCAAUGAGCUGACAGAGAUCCCUGGAGCUCAGGUAGCAGAAGAGAAAAAGGAAGAAGUUCCCACUGUCUCUGGAAAAGUGGACAAGGCUCAGGGUAAGAAAGAUGCAUCCAAAGGCUCCAAGAAGAAGGAUGGUGAGAAGGACCAGAAAGAAGGAUCCAAGAAAGAAGGGAAGGAUGCCAAGAAAAAAGAUGGAGAAAAAGGAGAAAAGGGAGAAAAGGGAGAAAAAGGCAGUAAUGACAAGAAACAAGGUGGUGGAAAGAAAGGUGAAAAAGAAGGUGAAGCAGCAAAAUCAGGAGGAAGCUCCAAAGCUAAUGGCAAAGCUGGUGGGAAUGCCAAAGCUCCAGCGAAGAAGAAGUGACCCUGCUGAAAGACUGCUGGCAGUAUUUCGGGCAGGGCAGUGCUGUAUUUUUGUGGAUGGAGCACCGGGAGCAGAUAGCACCCGCUGUCUCCAGGUACUCAGGCUGUUGAGUGCCAGUAGAUGUACGGAUUGAUUCUGUUUUGAAGACCACAUUGCUAUUUUUUUUUUUGUCCACCAAAGGAAAAUCUGACAAUUUGGCUGGACAGUGGCCUGCAAAAAUAUGCACUGUAGGUACUAUGUGAUAAUAACUGGGACUAAACUACAGUCUGCAGCAAGAAACUGCUGUGUGGAUAAGCAUGGAAACAGACGGAGAUGUGCAUUCCUUAAACUAAUAGGAGGACAUUGGGAGUUUGUUUAAAUUUAUUCUUCAUGAAGACUUAGAGGCUUUUGAUGAACAUAACUAACGCUCACAUCCUCCUGCACGGAGUUUGCACAUUUUAGGCAUUAAUGCAAUUCUCAAUGCUAAAACCCAAAGAUUGGAGUUUUCUGAGUCACAGCGUAUGCGGUUCCUGAGAGUUGACUUGGACACGUGGGAGAAAGCUUUCCUUCCUAUUUCUCAGAAGGUGUAUCCACCUUUUUCUCUUUUCUGAUGAAAGGCACAUCAAUCAAACUGCAGGAAGAUGUGCAAAGGAUAAAAAGGCGGACUGUGUGAGCAGGAGCUGCCCCUAGUUUGUUAUCUCUUCCAAGGAGGCUGCAGAUGUCGAGAGCCCUCUGAGAUAAAGGAGAUGUGAAAGCCCAGCACGUUGCUGCAGAACUCAGGAUCUCCAGGGUGUGUUCGUAUCUUCUCUCUUCCUGAGCAGAUUUGAAGCCACGGAUUUUGCUACACUUCCACAUUUCUCUCACCUCCCGGAGAAUUUUCUGGAGUUCUUGUAAGAGCAGUGGAUUUUCUCCUUGUGUGUUUUGUAAAUAUCCCAACAACUUAUGCCUCAAGAUUAACAGCCGUGAUAGCAUGGAGUAUUCAGGCUCACAAAUAUAACACAUUCACACGAAUGAGAGUUUGCAACCUACCUUGAUGAUUAAAUCUCUCUCCACUGUCUCUGCUGGGCACACCGUCUGUCAUUAUAUAGAGCAGCGUAAUUUUGUCUGCACCGUAGGGCAAGGAGGGAACCAAAUGGGUCUCUGUGAUCCCUGUGGGUCCCCUCCAACUUGGGAUAUUCUAUGAUUCUACCAUCUCCAGAAGGUUAUAAGUCUCAAGCCCCGGUGAGUUAGGUUUAUAUGAAUCCAUCUAUUUUCUAUCCGUUCUGUGGUUUCAACACACAGAGAGCUGAUCUAUCCCUGCAAAGACGUUUCUCAUUUGUCCCAUCUUACCUUUCUCUUUUCUCCUUUUCAGCCCAUCCCAUUCUGAAUGCAAAACAAAGGGCAUUAUUUUCUAUUGUAUUAAUGAGGUAAUCAGCUCAUGAAACGCCUCAAAACCACUACAGCUAGUGAAGGGAUCGUGUAGGAUUUACAAAAUCAUAGAACAUCCCAAGUUGCAUGGGACCCAUAGGGAUCAUCGAGUCCAACUCACAGACUUGAGUAACAUGGAUAUGAAAGAUGUUCACAACCACAUAAAUAUUUGGUAGUAGAGUGAAUGGUGUCAAUUCACUGGCUCCAGGGAUAAUCUAGCAUUCUAUACAGAAAGCAGUUCUAAUUCUAUGUGCAAACAAGUGUUUGGAGCCCUAAAUAUCCAUCCACUACCAUGUAACCCAUGAUGAGUAUAAAUAGAAUCAUAGAAUUAUAGAGUCAUUAAGGCUGGAAAAAACUACUAAGAUCAAGUCCAACCCCAACCCACCCCCACCAUGCCCACUGACCACAUCUCCACUGUUCUGAGACACCUCCAAGGAUGGUGACUCCACCUCCUCCCUGGACAGGUGUGCCACUGCAUCACUGCUCUUUAGGAGACUAUAUUAUUCCUAAUAUCCUAUCUGAACUUCCCCUGGCACAACUUAAAGCCAUUACCUCUUGUCCUGUCACUAUUACCUUGUAGAAAGGCCUGACCCCCACCUUGCUACACCUUCCUUUCAGGUCACUGUAGGGAGUGAUAAGGUCUCCCCCGAGCCUCCUCUUCUCCCGACCAAACAAUCCCAGCUCCCUCAGCUGCUCCCCAUAAGAUUUGUAUUCCAGACCCUUCAUGAGUAAAAAGCCAGGCAGAACAGCUUCCUCCUUAGCCUGAGAGGUCUCCGUUGCACAGGCUUAUGGCACAGGACAAUUACCAAACUGUGGGUAGGAUCAGGAAAAAGGACUUUUAUCCACCACUGGAGCAAAUGGGAAUAUAAGAGUCAUAUAGACAGCUGGGGAGGAAGCAGUUAGGGAGAAUAAUUAAAAAAAGAAAUACUUACUUUCAGGCCAUUCUCAUUGCCUGUGUGCACAGAGGUCAGUCCCUGGGAACUGCACAGCUGAGCUUACUGUGUAUUUUGGGGUCUAAGUGGAUGCCUAUAUCUUACAGACUCCAGUUCACAGGUAUAAGCCUCUGUAGAAUGGGAUCCAGAUGUGAUCAGGGCAAGAAGGCCCACUUCCCUGUCCUGUAGCUUUGAGAAGGACCAGCCCAGGCUCACCUGGAUGAGUACAUCACCUUGUCUCCUAUUUGUCACAGUGUGUGGGUAGAAUGAAGAGAAUGCAUUACAGUGAGUUGCAGACAUUCAGAAAAACGUCUCACCUAACAAAGCUUGUCAUAAUAGAUGAAGUAACCAUGGAAGGAACUAAAUGUAUAGGUAUGGCCCAAAAAUGAUGUGCAUUUUCUCCAAGCCUGUAUUACAGUGGUGAGUAUAUUAUUGAGAUGAGUAUUACUGAGAAGUGUAUUACACAUCUCAGUGAGUGUAAAGUAACAUUGCUGGAAUUGAGUACAUUGACUAAAAUAAGUGAGAUGAGAAUGACUUUUCACACCACCAGAUGGAGAAAUUGCACUGGAAAAAAAUACAUCCACAGCUUCUGAAGCUUUGCAAAAUGAUUCAUUAAUGACAAAAUUGGAGAUACACUAAUUUCUCUGGAAACAUAAGUGUGACAACAAAUCCAAAAGCAGGAUUUAAGACUCAAGGCUCAUACACCCAGGUAUUAAUGAUCAUAUCUCUGCUUUCAUUAUGUGGUGUGUGCAUGACAUGGGUGGUAAGAAGGAAUCAAACAGAUAAUGCAGUCAGGAUGAGAAGGACUCACAGGAUCUCCUGCUCUCCACUAGAGGGGACUUUGUUCUUCCUCUAUAAUAUCUGAGACAACUUUAAAGGCAGUUUGUGCUGGAUGGUUUUUGUCUUAUUUGUGGUGUUAAACUGAGCCUGGCUUUUGUUACGUCUCUUCUUUGAUCUAAAGAAGACUUCCACAGCAUCACUUUGUCUACCUGAGCCAUCUUCUUUUUUCCAGUGUUAUUCUUCCUUUUCUUAAUGGAUGUGACAGUUGGCCUAAAAUCCCACCAAUGAUAUAAGAGUCAUCAGGAAAGCAGUUAUCGCCUUCGGGGGAUGAAGGUUGAGCUGGACUGUCCCCAGAAGGCUGCAAUAAGGAUCAUGAGUGGAUGAGCAAGUCAACAGGAGAGGGCUGGGAAGCUGGAGUUUUGAAUUUCAUCCUGGUUUAUUUCAGAAAGAAAACGCCCAUGGAUAAACUGCAGGCAUUAUUAUUAUUGUUGUUGUUAUUUCCCUCAACUCCCUCCACUGUUUUCACUUUUGAUGUUACUGAUGAAAAGCAUUGUAAAAAAUGAGCAUAGACUUGUUGCCAGGAGAUUGUACAACCACAGUACAUCCAUUGCUAGCCAGUUGCAUGAUAGCCUUUCAACACACAGCUUUCUCUGAAAGAUGGAACCCCCUGGAGUUAUUAAAACAUCCCCAGAGACUCCCAAAGAAAAAUAAUAUUCUUUUUGUUCUCUUUUUGUGUACUUUCUUACACAGUGUGACUCUGAACCAACUCUGGUUUCAUACAGCAGGUGUAAGUAUUAGAGAGGGCUCUGCCCUCUUUGUGCCCAUCUCCCUUUUGAGAUGGAUCAAGGAAGAAAUCUGGAUCAGCAAUGCCACCCUGAUCACUUCAUUAGACCCACGAAGAACAAAUGAGGCCUUCCCUGGCACUGGGAGAUUCCUUCUUCCACCAAGUGACGUGGAGUCCCAAACCUAACACAAAACUCUUUCUCCUUCCAGUGGCCAAAAUGAAGAAACAAGUGAACAAAUGGAUCAACCCCCAAAUACUUCCAGGACUGGAGAUGGAACAUUUCACCUGUAGGUCAUGGUUGAUCUUUAUGUUAUGGGGAUGAUUGGCCUUUUUUUUGUUUGUCUUUUUUUGUGAUAUUUUUUUUUUUUUGGUAGGCUUAAAGAAAAAAUGUUCAUUUUCAGAAAUAAAGAGUUUCCAAAAGCUCUUCUUUCCCUAU